AUGGCAUCGUUACUCAACUACUUCGGUUUCGGAGCCACAAAGCCCCAGGCGGCUGCCGAACCGGAUCAAGGGCCCGUCAAGACCGCUGUCAAGGCCCUCCCCGCAAAUUGGUAUACAUCACAGCCGUUAUACGACUUGGAAAGAAGAGCUAUCUUCUCCAGAAAAUGGCUUAUGAUCACACACCAAGUCCGCAUCAAGCAAGUCGGAGAAUACCUCCGUUACGAAGCUGCCAAUUUUGUAUUUAUCCUCUAUCGCGAUGCUUCAGGCAAUGUGAAAGGCAUCCACAACACCAGUGGCUUGUCUGGACAGCCUAUCGUCCAAGAGCAGAAAGGCACACUUGAUCUUAGUGCCGCAGAAAGCUUUACCUUCCCAAUCCACAUCCGCGUCGAUCAGAAAGGUUUCAUCUGGGUGAACCUCGACGGUGCAGAAACCCCUGAAAUACCAUGGGAAGAAGACUUUGAUGGCGUCGAUACACAGCCUCGCUUCGAAGGCUUCAACUUUAACGACGAGUACGAGUUUGAUCACGAGUGGGAGAUGACAGGAGACUACAACUGGAAGAUUUUGGCCGACAACUACAACGAGUGCUACCACUGCGCCUCGACACACCCAGAUCUGAAGGAGAUGGCUGACCUUGAGACCUACUCCGUCACAACUCAAGAUGGUUACAUUCUUCACAAUGUUCGUGGCCGCCCUGGCAGCGAGGGUGAGCAGCGGUACAAGGUCCACCCAACUUAUUAUUACCCCAGCACUUCGAUGAAUGUCUCCCCACAUUUCUUCUUCAUGCAGCGAUUUGUUCCUCACGGACCUGUGAAGUCCACUAUGCGAUAUGAGGUUUAUCGCCACAAAGAUGCGCCAGAGUCCGAGUUCCAGUUCAUCGCUCAGAUGUACCGACGAGUGAUGUCCGAAGACAAGGCUCUUUGCGAAGCAUCUCAGCAGAACCUCAACCGAGGUGUCUUCACCAACGGUGAGAUGCAUCCUAGAUUGGAGCAAGGACCACUCUUCUUCCAGGCAAAAUGCAGAGAUCUCGUCAAGGAGCACAGGCAGCGCGAGAUGAUGGUCAAGAGAGAGAUCUGGCCUACACAACUCUCCUGGACACCGAGAAGAACGGUCGUCCAGUCCGCCAAGUUGGAGAUCCCUUCUGUCCCAGCUUAUUAUUAUUCCAAUUCUAGCGGUAUCGAGCAGGGUUCAGCGAUUGCAAGCGUUGCAGCAUAG